AUGGAUCUCCAGGAGAGCGAUGAAAGUUCGUGGAUUUCGGCGUCAUCUGAUGAUGAAAUUUCUAAAUCAUCGGAGGAUAGUUUCUCCAUACGCCCUCUGAACGAUGAGGGGGAUGAAGAGUUUACUUCAGGGGCAGAAAGCGUGGAAAUUUUAGAUGUUUUGGAGCCGCAUGUGUACGACCCGGACGCAGAGGAAUCGGGGGAAGAGUCUGACGAGUCGGCGGACCAACUUGCUGAUUGGAGGAGACUUUGUACUCCAGUGACCAUAUCCGACUGGUGCAAGUGUGGUCCGAACUGCCAAACCAUGCCCAAGGAGAAAGAGUGCAGGUGCUGUCGGGAGUAUGGCCAGACAGUUCAUAAGAUGGAGGAGGCAGAAGAUGUGACGGGGGUCCUACCAGCCUGCAUCACCGAGCAUCCUGGGUUUUACUCUGUCUGCCUCGACCCAUGGAACCUCCAGAACGCGUGGAGUUUUUACAGGCAGCAGUACGGGGGAAGGCUGUCGAGGGACCCAGCCAUGUAAAGUAUAGACAUGUUGCCUACCGACAACUUAUCAGAUGGUGUUGGGGCCCUGUGGGAAAGGACAACCGUAUCGUUUUGCCUGCCUGCGCAGUGGCCUGCAUCAGAGCCCACCACCCCCCGCCAGAUGAGGAGGGUUACGUUUUUAAGGGGUUCAAGAGGAGUGCCAAUGAAAAAUUACCAACAUUAAGGGACUAAUCUUUAUUAUCAUUUAUUUUUG